GUACUGCCAGGGAAGGGGGGACACUGCAACCCCCAGGAAGCCUUUCUGGCAAAUUAUUCGAUGCCAUAACCAAACACAACUUCCACCCAGGAGGGAAAACAAACGCCUCAGAAGAAGGACUAGGAUCAGAAGCGGGGCGGCAAAGGUCCCCGCACUUCUCUGCCCCCACGGCGCUUUCCCGCAGACGCCCCGGUGCGGCGCCGCCCUCCUAUCCCGACCCAGCCAGUUCGCAGGUUCCAACGUGUCCCUUCCCCUCCGCGCCCGGCCGCGUCCCCGCCCUCCCGGCCCGCGGAACUCUCGGAGCCCGGAGGAGGCAGCGCCGCCCGCAGCCCUCGGGGCGGAGGUGCAGCCCGCGGCAGCCCAGCGCCCUCCCCGCGGGCGCACUCACCGAAGUCCCUGCGCCCCUCCGCCGGGGCCUCGUGGGCCGCGCGGGCGCCGGGGAAGGACCUGUCCGCCCUCGCCCUGCCCUGCCCCGGACGACUGAACCCCGCACCGGCUCCCCAGGGGCCUCUACCAGGCCAUGUCCCCCGCCGUCCUCCGCGCCCGCGCACCGGGCGACAGGUGCUGCGGGCGCCGCCGCUCGCCUGGAAAUGCGAGCUACCUGGGCAGUGCUGGAGUUCAUGGGUGAUGGGAUCUACAAUGGCACCAUGGGCCUCACGCAUAGCCACUUCCAGGGAGAGGUGUUUCAGGCUGUCCUGCAGCAGGAAACAGAGUUUUUCAAAGAGACCCAAACAGGUGCCAUCACAUCUCGGGUUAUAGCGGACACGUCCUCCCUGAGUGAGUCUCUGAGUGAGAAGCUGAGCCUAUUGCUGUGGUACCUGGUGCGUGGGCUGUGUCUGCUGGGGCUCAUGCUCUGGGGGUCGCUCUCCCUCACCAUGGUCACCCUGCCUCUGCUUUUCCUUCUGUCCAAGAAGCUUGGAAAAUGGCACCAGGUGCUGGCAGCACAGGUGCAGGAAUCUCUGGCAGAGUCCAGCCAGGUGGCCAUUGAGGUUCUGUCAGUGAUGCCUACAGUCCGGAGCUUUGCCAACGAGGAGGGUGAGGCCCAGCAGUUUAGGCAAAAGCUGUAGGAAAUGAAGACACUCAGCCAGAAGGAGGCCCUGGCCUUCGCUGUCAGCCUGUGGACCACUACUAUCUCAGGGAUGCUGCUGAAGGUGGCGAUCCUAUACAUCGGUGGGCAUCUGGUGAUAAGUGGGGCUGUAAGCAGUGGGGACCUUGUCACCUUUGUUCUCUACCAGGUCCAGUUCACUACAGCAGUUGAGGUACUGCUCUCCACCUAUCCCAAUAUACAGAAGGCUGUGGGCUCCUCAGAGGAAAUAUUCGAAUACCUGGACCGGAUCCCUCGCUGCCCAGCCAGUGGUGUGUUGAUUCCCUUCAACUUGAAAGGCCUCGUCCAGUUCCAAGAUGUCUCCUUCGCCUACCCAAACCGUCCAGAGGUCCUCGUGUUGCAGGGGCUGAUGUUUACCCUCUGUCCUGGGGAGGUGACAGCACUGGUGGGACCCAGUGGGUCUGGGAAGAGCACAGUGGCUGCCCUGCUGCAGAAUCUGUACCAGUCCACCAGGGGGCAGCUGCUCCUGGAUGGGGAGCCCCUUCCCCAGUAUGAUCUCCGCUACCUGCAGAGACAGGUGGCUGCAGUGGGACAAUAGCCACAGCUAUUUGGAAGAAGUUUUCAAGAAAAUAUUGCCUAUGGCUUGAUCCAGGAGCCAACUAUGGAGGAAAUCAUAGCUGCUGCAGUGGAGUCUGGAGCCCAUAGCUUCAUCUCUGAACUCCCUCAGGGCUACAACACAGAGGUGGGUGAGGCUGGGAACCAGCUGUCAGGUGGUCAGCGGCAGGCAGUGGACUUGGCUCCAGCACUGAUCCGGAAACCUUGGGUGCUUAUCCUGGAUGAUGCUACCAGUGCCUUGGAUGCAAACAGCCAGUUACGGGUGGAGCAGCUCCUGUAUGAAAGCCCUGGGUGGUGCUCUCGGUCUGUGCUUCUCAUCACCCAGCAUUUCAGCUCAGUGGAACAGGCUGACCACAUCCUCUUUCUAGAAGGAGGCACCAUCUGUGAGGCGGGAACCCACCAGCAGCUCAUGGAGAAUAGGGGAUGCUACUGGAACAUGGUGCAAGGCUGCUAGCGGGUCAGAUGCUCUGGAAUGAAACACUUGUCAGACCUGCACGCUCCAUCUUUUUUUCUCUUCUCUAGAGUGGAAAAUUUGGGAACAGAGAUCUUACCAGAGCUGUAAAGCAGGCAGCUACUUCUAGGAGGAGUGACACCUAAAAUUAACUCCCUUGGUAAUGCAUUAAAGUCUGCCCAUGAGUGUUACCCUCUCAACAAGCUCCUCUUGAUAAUGCAGAUUUCCUGGAAGAAAAUAGGAUUGAUAACUCUUUAGUGUAAACUGGGUUUAGAGCCAGGGUUGGUAUGGAUAGCACCCUGAAAAUGAGGAGAAAUAUUUAGAAUAUACCAAAAGGGAAGAUCAGCUACUUUCCAGUAGGACCAGAGGCAUAUGCUGGAUCCUAAAUGCCCUGUGGGUUCUGAUACUGGUAAUAAAAUCAGUUUUGUACUGUG